AUGACCAAAUUCCGACCAUGCAUAGACCUGCACUCUGGCCAGGUGAAGCAGAUUGUUGGGGGCACAUUGACCACAGCUUCUGCUGACUUGAAAACGAACUAUGUCUCGACUCUUCCAGCUGGCGAGUUCGCGAAGCUCUAUAAGGACAAUGGACUGGAGGGGGCGCAUGUUAUAAUGCUAGGGCCUGGGAACGAAGAGGCUGCCCGCGAAGCAUUGGCAGCAUGGCCAGGAGGUCUGCAGGUGGGCGGAGGAAUCACAGACCAGAAUGCGAAGCAGUGGAUUGAAUGGGGUGCCGAAAGGGUUAUCAUAACUUCUUUUCUCUUCCCUUCCGGCAAGUUCUCGCAAGAGUGUCUCGACUCUGUACUCGCAGCCCUCGAUGGAGACAAGGAGAAGCUUGUCAUUGAUCUUAGUUGCCGGAGGAGGGAUGAUACUUGGUUUGUGGCUAUGAAUAAAUGGCAGACGAUUACGGAUAUGGAAGUCAACGAAGGAUCCAUCAAAUCCCUCGAACCAUACUGCUCCGAAUUCCUGAUUCACGCAGCAGAUAACGAGGGUCUGCAGAAAGGUAUUGAUGAGAAGCUGGUGAAGAAAUUGGCGCAGUGGUGCAGCAUACCAGUUACAUACGCUGGUGGUGGAAGAAAUCUCCAGGAUCUAGACCAUGUCAAGAACCUUAGCAAUGGCCGUGUCGAUCUCACAAUUGGCAGUGCGUUGGAUGUCUUUGGUGGAUCCGGUGUGAAAUUUGCGGAAUGUGUUAUAUGGAAUCGACAACAAUCAAUAUGA